AUGGCCCAGGCGGCCACUUUCGACAUGGCACGGACAGAUAAUCUAGCAAUCUACUGGGGACAGGGUGGUCAAGGCGAGCCAGACCUGAUCGACGUCUGCAAUAAAAAAACAUAUGACACGGUCAUCCUUGCAUUCAUCACGACCUAUGCAGGAAACCCAGGAUCUUUGACUUAUAAUUUUGGUAAUGACUGCAGUCAAGCGGAGAUCGAUGGAUGCGCGAAGCUUGGCGAGGCUAUACAGACCUGUCAGAAGAACGGCAAGCUCGUGACUGUCUCCGUAGGCGGCGCCGACAGCAGCAUCAGUCUAUCGUCCGACGAGGCUGCAGAGAGUUUCGGAGAAACUGUAUACAAUCUCUUCCUUGGGGGUAAAGACCAAAGCCGUCCUUUCGGCGAUGGAGUGAUCUUGGAUGGAGUCGACCUUGAUAUUGAGGGCGGGAGCACAGAGCAUUUCCCUGCGUUCGCGAAUCACAUGUGGGAAUAUGCGAAAGAGCAGGGAGACACCAAGAAGUACUACCUGACAGGCGCGCCGCAGUGCCCAUUCCCGGACCAUGUUCUGAAUCAGGCACACUUUGAUGCAGUUUACGUUCAGUUCUACAACAACGAGGAGUGGCCUUGUGGUCUUCUGGUGGACGAUCCUCAGUAUGGCUGGAAAACCUUCAAUUUUGCUACAUGGAAUACCUGGGCAUUGAACACGUCCCUCAACCAGGGCGUCAAGAUCUAUAUAGGCGCUCCUGCAUCAGCACAAGCCGGGAAGUACUAUGCGGACGCGCAUACUUUAGCGAAGGUUAUUAAAGUAGCGCAGAAGAACUACUCGUCAUACGGUGGAGUCAUGAUGUGGGAUGCGGCGGCAGCCCAAGUUGUUGGUUGGGAAUGGAGGAUCGGGACCAUCUUCUUCUCCCAUCUCCAGCGGCUCCAGAACAGUUACGUCCGCCUCGCAUUCUUUCAGUUCUACGGCGACAAAUACGGAGACGGCCACGAGCACCGACACGGGCGGUAA